AUGCCCCCCAAGAAACGCGGAGGAGGCCCACCCUCCGCCCCAACACCCAAAAAGCCGCGAACGCGCCAAUCCAAACUCGCCAAAGAAAACGACAUCAGCGCCGAACAAGAAACCGAAAUCAAAGAAGCAUUCCAUCUUUUCUCCUCUGCAAACGAAGCUUUCCCCGAUGAAAAAGAGGGUGUUAUUUCCCGAAGUGAUGUUCGGAAAGCUCUUGUAGCACUGAACCUGCCUCCUUCCGAUUCAUCCGAGCUCCAAACUAUUCUCUCCGCGACUGACCCCACAAACAGCGGUUACGUACCCUACGGUCCGUUCGUCGCCGUUGCAGCCGCGAAACUCCACUCUCGGGACGAAAUUGAUGAAGAUGCUGUAGCCGCGGAAGUUGAUGCUGCGUAUCGCUUGUUUACGCGGGGAUCGGAUGGGCCGAUCACAUUGAACCAUUUGAAGAGGAUUGCGCGGGAGUUAAAGGAGGAUUCGGUGGGGGAGGAGCUGUUGAGGGACAUGAUACUGGAGGCGAAUGGGGGAGGAGUUGGGGAAGGGGUGACGAGGGAGCAGUUUCGGGAUGUUAUGGAUAGAGCGGGUGUUUUUUGA